AUGCUUCACGCUGACAAGUUGCUACCAUGCAAACUUGAAGAUGCCAACAAAAUCAUCAAUGAAUUUGUGAACAACCAGGCCAAGAACAUGGAUCCAGCGACUAAUGUACGCAAACUGGCAGAACUGGCCGCUUCGAUGCUUCUCGCUUGCAGCGCUGCCGGCGAUCUCCAGGCUACGCUGCAAAUCCUCAAUGCCGUGUACUAUAGCAGCAAUGCCUACAACAUGCCCAAAGCCGUGGAUAUCGCGCGCCUUUUCACGCCAAAGGAUAUCAGUGAUUGCAGGAGGAUGCUGGAGCAGCUGGCAGAGGGAAACGAUGGAAAACCUGAAGCGAAGGGUGACGCGAACGCAAUGACGCUGCACGGGAAGUUGCUAGAAUUGGCUGGAAAGCACCAGGAAGCCAAAUAUUUCUACGAGAAGGCGCUGAAGCGGUACAACACUAAGAUCUACCGCGGCUACCCACAUCCGAUGGCAUUACCCUGGCUAACGCCGUGGCUUGAAUUCGCAAACCUCGAGAAAGCGUCCGAAGCGCCCCGGUACGUAAAGAUAUUUCAAGCCCUGGAAUUUGGCGCUCUAAAAGCCGACGAUCCAAUGGCAUACUACAAGCUCGCUUCUAUGCAAACGGACGAGAAGGCUGAGUGGCUCGAGUAUAUGACCAAAGCAGCCGCCUCUGGCCACUCCGAAGCUAUGUACAAGCUCGGCCGGUUUUACCUAAAAGCGAACGAACAUGCAUCUGCCUUCUUGAACAGUGCAAAGCUCAGGAAAGUAUUGAAAUUCGUAGUCUCGUGGAGACCUAACGCUACUGCCGAUUUUGGUAUGGAAUGGCUUCGAGCUGCGGCGCUGGGCGGGCAUAAACCGGCUUUGAUGGAGAUGGCGCAGUUGCAUGAAAAGAAAGGUGAGCAAGAACAGGCUAGGGACUGUCUACGGGCUGUCGCGAGCGAGCCAUUGGGUGGCAUCCCAGAGGAAUGGCCGCACUUGGUGCUGCAGGCCAGAAAACAACUUGAUGCAUUGUGA